AUGCAGUACCGAAGCCGGCCGGUCUCCGUCGCUGUCGACCCCGUGUCUCUGGUCAUAUCAGAGUGUAUCUCCAUCACCUCCGCCAUGCAAAAGCAUGCUCGUUCGCAGCACUCGUCGGUUUCCGCCAUCCUAGGUGUCAACCCCAAUCCAAUACACCUCGGCCCGCCGAUUCCCACACUGCGAGGCGGAGAUAGGGAGUCUUCCAGCAAUGCUGAUACUGACGAUGCGAAUGAACAUGCGCUUGGAAACAGAUGGGGUCUGCGAGGACAGAGAGGAAAGAGCAUGCAGGACAAUCCCAUGAUUUCUGGGUUCGGAAAAUUGCGACAUGACAUCGCCGGACGCAAAGACAUUCAUUCCUUCGAUGCGCCGUCUCUUCUUGCGCCUUUCUUGCACGUCAUUCAAGCGAAGGGUACUGCGGCCCCUAUCACGAUUCUAGCUCUUGGAGCCCUCCGAAAGUUCCUGGCGUACGGCUUCCUCUGUCCAGAGUCGCCUCGAUUUGCACAUGCCAUGCAGUCGCUAUCUGCUGCGGUAACGCACUGUCAGUUUGAUAUCAGUGAUGCGGGUCAAGUGGAGGUUGUACUACUCAUGAUUUUGAACUUGAUGGAGGACAUGAUGUCUGGUCCUGGCGGCGACAUUCUCAGUGACGAGAGUGUGUGUGAUAUGAUGGGCCGGGGUUUGGCCAUCUGCUCACAGCCGAGAUUUUCACCUGUCCUGCGCCGCACUGCUGAAGCUGCAAUGGUCAGAAUGUGCCAGAUUAUCUUCGAAGAUGUCAAGCACAUAGAGAUUGAGACUGGGCCAGAUGCCGGAAUUCUCAGUGGAAGCACCGGAGAAGACGAGGUGCAGGUCCACAUGACAAAUGCAGAUGCGGUCCCUGUAUCAGCGGCAAAAGUCUCGAGUGAAGGCGGAGAGGGGCCCCGAGCCGAAUCUCAAGCACCGGCCACUGCAUCGGCCAUCGCUCCAACGGACCGUCAGGGAAAUGUGGACAAGUCAGACACAGGUGCAGAUACCGAUUUUGAUGCUGGACAGCCUCAAAAGGAAAGCGACAGCCAAAGCGUGGAACAGACCGACGGAAAAGAGUCUCUCGACCUGAAGCCGUACUCACUUCCCUCGGUCAAAGAACUGUUUCGAGUAUUGGUGAAUUUCCUCGACCCGCACGAUCGUCAUCACACUGAUACCAUGCGUGUCAUGGCUAUGCGAAUCAUUCAUGUGGCUCUGGAAGUAGCCGGACCCUUCAUCGCUCGCCAUCCUGCUCUCGCAACUAUUGCUGAGGAUCAAUUAUGCUGCUACCUAUUCCAGCUGGUACGCUCCGACAAUAUGGCCAUAUUACAAGAAGCACUCAUGGUUGCUGGUACGCUGCUGGCGACAUGUCGACCUGUGCUUAAGCUACAGCAAGAACUCUUCUUGUCCUACCUCGUCGCUUGCCUGCACCCAAAUGUCGAGAUCCCAAGAGAGCCAGGCAUCAACCCCUCGCUAUAUUCUGGCAUUCCUCAGACGCCGAAACUUGUCAAACCGGCCCCGUCAAAGGCAACACAACCGGCCAGCGGCCGCUCAACCCCAGUGCCCGUCAAAGACAGACAAAAGCUAGGGUUGGAAGGAGGCGCGCGCAAACCAGAUGCCCGUCAGGCAAUGGUAGAGGGCAUCGGUGUGCUCUCGCGGAUGCCUACCUUUAUGCUGGAGCUAUUCGUAAACUACGACUGCGACCCGGACCGAGCUGACAUGUGUGAAGACAUGAUAGGCCUACUUUCGCGCAACGCCCUCCCUGAUUCAGCUACGUGGAGUACCACUAGUGUUCCGCCGCUAUGCUUGGACGCUCUACUGCGGUACAUCCAAUUUAUCGCCGAACGCCUUGAGGACGAGUCUCUCACAAAGGGGUUGCCAGAGCCAGCCAUGCUAAAAGAGCAACGUCGAAAGAAGCAGACCAUCAUUAGGGGUACGGCGAAAUUCAACGAGAAGCCUAUGGCUGGCUUAGGUUACCUCGAGACACAGGGAGUUCUUACCGAUGCUCGUGAUCCGGUCGAAGUUGCUCAAUUCUUGAAGAGCACUUCCAGGUUAUCCAAGGCCGUUCUUGGCGAAUUUCUUUCGAAGCGAGGCAACGAAGCGUACCUGAACGCUUUUCUCGACCAGUUCGACUUUGCAGGGCGUCGCGUUGAUCAGGCUCUAAGGCUUCUCCUAGAGUCUUUUAGACUGCCUGGUGAAGCCCCCCUUAUUGAACGCAUCGUCGAAGCCUUUUCGGAAAAGUACAUUGAAGCGGCCCAUCCACCCGAGGUUGCAGGCAGUGAAGCUGUCUAUAUCUUGACGUACGCUAUCAUCUUGCUGAACACAGAUCAGCACAACCCGAAUAUGAAGGAUAAGAGGAUGACUCUCGAGGCGUUUGCCAGGAACCUGAGAGGCACCAACAAGGGCGAAAACUUCGCGCCUGAUUUUCUUGAGGCCAUCUAUCAAUCUAUCAAAACCAACGAAAUCAUCCUACCAGAUGAGCACGACAACAAGGAUGCAUUUGACUACGCUUGGCGAGAGCUGUUGCUCAAGACGGAGUCAGCUGGUCCUUUACAAAUCUGUGAGACAAACAUUUACGAUGCCGACAUGUUUGCCGCAACCUGGCGACCGGUUGUAUCUACUUUGUCCUACGUUUUCAUGUCUGCUACAGAUGACGCGGUCUUUGCUCGCAUAGUGACAGGUUUCGAUGAGUGUGCGCGCAUCGCAGCAAAAUACGGCAACGCCGAGGCCCUUGACCGCAUCGUGUACUGCCUGAGCCAAAUAUCUACUCUGGCCUCAGAUGGACAUUACAAUACAGUCCUCAACACUGAAGUGCAAGUCGGAGACGGCAGAGUCAUGGUCAGUGAGCUUGCUGUCAAGCUAGGCCGAGACUUCAGAGCCCAGCUGGCCACACUGGUUCUCUUCCGAGUAGUGACAGACAAUGAGGGGCUUCUUCGAGACAGCUGGGAACAUAUUAUCCGCAUUUGGCUGAACCUUUUUGUGAAUUCCCUCGCGGAACCGUUCUCAUCUCCAGAUCUGCCUCUCUUCCCUAUCCCACCUAUUCCUCUCCAGCUACCCUCACAAGUGAUCGACCGGGCUGUGAGGUCCGCUGACACGGGAUUUUUCUCGGCGUUCACAUCGUACAUAUCAAGCUAUGCUGCAGACGACCCUCCUGAGCCAUCAGAAGAGGAACUAGAAAGCACUCUCUGCACCGUCGACUGCAUCAAGUCCUGUGAAAUCGAUAAUGUCCUCAAAAACAUCGCACUACUCCCGGCAGCACAAUCGAAAAUUGUAGUCGAGGCAGUUCUCAAGCAGUUGCCUGAGAAUAAUCAAGAAGUCGUGAUCGCCAUGAAGCAGGAGGACAUUUCCUCCCCUACCCCGAGCGGUCCGGGAACUACCUCAACGCCCCUUAAGUACGACCCUAGUGUUGCCUUCUUACUGGAGCUUGGCACCAUGCUGGCCAUUCGAAACAACGACUCACUUGAAGCUAUGGGAAAACUUGUCUUCGAUACUCUCCAGGCGAUACUGCGAAACCCUCUCAUGUCCUUGCUCUCGCCGGACCUUACACGCAAUGAGUCCAAGGAAUGGACAGCCAUCUUUGAUAGUGUCCUGUUCCCCCUUAUUCACAGGCUUCUCAAGCCUGAAGUCUUUUCCACAGACCGUGACGGCAUGGCUGAGAUGCGAGUGCAAGCGGCCUCGCUGCUGUGCAAGGUUUUCUUGCAGUAUCUUGUGUUGCUGUCGGAAAUGGGUGGCAUGCUUGAUCUCUGGUUGAAGAUUGUGGAUAUAAUGGACAGGCUGCUCAAUAGUGGACAAGGUGACAGUCUGGAGGAGGCCGUACGUGAGAACCUGAAGAACGUGGUGUUGUUUAUGGUCAGUAGCGGUUACUUGGUGCCUCCCAAGCAGGAUCAGUCCGGAGCAGCCCUGUGGACCGAAACAUGGAAGCGUAUCGAUCGCUUUUUCCCCGAGCUGCGCAGCGAUCUUGCGCUUGAAAACGAUGAUGCACCAGAUGCGCCUCCUAAGAGUGGUGCCGAAAAUGCCGCUGAUGAAGCUUUGCCGCAGGAACAUUCGAGCAGUCCUUCUGAGCAGGCACCAAGCAAGAGCGAAGAGGCUGAGGAUUGA